AAGGGCUCGGCUGCAAAACAAAGUGGUGUGGUGAUUUUGGAACUGGGCAAAAGUUGUCCAUGGCUCGACCUCCCCCCUGUGAGACAGCGCCGAGGGCUCCAGCCGCACAAGGGCGAUCCCUCCCCAGGACGUCCCGGUGGCUCAUCCGGUGGAGCAUGUGCCACUUGUCUGGGGCUGGGUCCUGAUCGCAGCGUCCUGGUUUUGGAUCCAAGCCUGGGCCUGUUGCUCCUUGUCGUCCCCUCUCCCUCCCCUGCCUUUCCUGCCUCUCUUCUGUGGCUAUCAGGAAUAUUCUGCUCAGCCACAUCAGACAAAUGUCUGUCUGCACCCUGCCAGAACGGAGCUACCUGUAUAGACACCAUGGAUGACUAUGCCUGCAUUUGUCCCAGAGAAGGGGUUCGAUAUAUGGGCAAAGACUGUGAUGAACUCUACGAUGCGUGCGCCUUUGCACCUUGUGAGGACUGCACUAGUACCCCGGGCACCACACAAUACCACUGCUUCUGCCCCGAUGGAUUAACAGGUGACAACUGUACAGAGGAGGUGGACGAGUGUGAGAGCAAUCCCUGCUCCAGGCCUCGGUCAGAGUGCAUAGACAAGCUGAACGGCUACUUUUGCAGAUGUCCUCCUGGGUACGGAGGACAGGACUGCCAGACGCACGUGACUGACUGCAUUGACCAGCCAUGCCAGAACGGCGGGACCUGUGUAUUGCUACCAGAGGGCUUUGAAUGCCAGUGUGCGUUGGGUUUCGAAGGGGACAGCUGCGAGGAGGAUGUGAACGAGUGUUCAUCGCACCCUUGUCAGAAUGGGGCUAUCUGUAUGGAUGGAGUGGCUGAGUUUCACUGCUUCUGUGUGCCUGGCUUUCAGGGCCACAACUGUGAAAUCGAUAUCAAUGAGUGCGCUUCACGGCCCUGUGAAAAUAACGGCACCUGCAUCAACGAGAAGGAUCGGUACGAGUGUGAAUGCCUGGUUGGGUUUGCAGGCGUGAACUGUGAAAUUGAGAUAGAUGAGUGCGAGUCUAACCCUUGCCACAAUGGAGCCACCUGCCAUGAUCUCAUUGGCAUGUACACCUGCGACUGUAUGCCCGGAUUUGAUGGCACCGACUGUGAAGUGGAUGUUGACGAGUGCGCCAGUGAGCCUUGCCAAAACGGAGCUUUCUGUCAUGACAGGGUCAACGGUUAUGAGUGUGAUUGCACGGAUACAGGAUUUGUGGGUGACCACUGCGAGGAGGACAUCCCUGAAUGUGCCUCUGAUCCUUGUCAACAUGGCGCCACCUGUCUAGAGGGAGUCAAGGAGUACAGCUGUCUCUGCUGGCCAGGUUACAAGGGAGAAAACUGUGAAAUUGACAUUGAUGAGUGUGCCGAGAUGCCCUGUGAGAAUGGAGGAGAGUGUUUUGAGCGUUCGGACCCCUCUCACUGGGAGCUGGAGUGGGAGCUCAGUUUUGCAGAUGCUGCUGGAUAUAUUUGCCAAUGUCAGCCUGGAUUUGCAGGAGAGAACUGCUCUGUCAACAUUGAUGAGUGUGAGUCUGAUCCCUGCCAGAAUGGUGGCACUUGUGAGGAUCAGAUUAAUGGCUACACAUGCACAUGCUCUGAUGGAUUUACAGGUGAGACUUGUGAGGUCAACAUUGAUGAAUGUGAGAGCCAGCCCUGUCAGAAUGGCGGCUGGUGCGAAGAUGGCGUGGCAUCCUACACCUGCCAUUGUCCUGAGGUGGAAGAAGGUGAACUUCCUUGGGGAGGUGACCACUGUGAUAUUAAACUCUAUGGCUGUGUGGAUCACGAAUGCCAGAACGGAGCCACCUGCCACCCGUGGCUGGAGGACGGAGAACAUGGCCACACUUGCUUGUGCCCUCACGGCUUCUACGACGAGCAGUGUUCCACACAGACGACGUUCUCCUUCUCCACCCCCGGGUUCAUUCACAUUCAAGUUGUUUUAGAAGAGCGGAGAAGGCGGGAAACCGAGCACCAAGUCCACCACGGGCCAGGGGUACAGCUACGCUUCAGGACAACAAUAUCAAAUAUGUUGCUCUUCUAUAGAGGCGAUGCAGACAACCACCUCUUGUUGGAGAUUGUGAGAGGUGGUCUCCAUGCAAAAGCCUUUUCUGAGGAGUCAGAACUGGAUGUGACAUUCCCCGGGCACGUUAAUGACGGAGACUGGUGGGAUGCACAUGUAUUCGUGGUCAAAGAGGGCCUGGUUUUGAUUUUGAAAGGUCCUGGCUGUGACAGGGAUGGAUGCAGAGUUACAGACGGUGGCCCAGAUGGACCACGUUUCCAGCCCUCUGAGGCUUUCACUGACGUCUAUGUGGGUGGAGCACCAGAGGGGCUUCUCGCCAACACUGUGAGCGCUGCAGGUUUCAUUGGGUGCAUGGAAGACCUGAUGAUAGACUCCAAGCCUAUCCUGCCCCAAGCUCUUCCAGGAGACCAAAACCAUGAGCUGGGCUGUAGUAAGACUGAAUGGUGCGAGCCUGAUCCCUGCUCUGGAAAUGGACACUGCGUGGACCUGUGGACCAGCUACCGCUGCGACUGCUCCCGUCCCUUCCAUGGUGACAGCUGCUCUGAAGAAUUCCCCUCAUGGACCUACAGCCACGAAGACACACUGAGCUUCAGUGCCUAUGAUGUCGGCAAGACCCACAGGAGCAACUUUAGCCUUUCUUUCUUUUUGAGGUCAUUAAAGCCAGAUGGCCUCCUCUUUCAGCUAAGAAGAUUCACAAAAGAGGAGGAGGGAGAGGUUUACUUCUCAGUGUACCUGGGAAUGGGGAGGCUGUUUGUCAGCUCUCUUCCCAGUGGUGCCCCUUUGACCGCGCCAAUUUUUGUCACCACCGGUGAGAAGCAGCUGCUACAGUUAGAGGUUCAACAUGGCCAGGUGAUCUUUCAGCAUGCUGGUCUUCGCUACAGGAUAGGAGAGAUCCCUGACGUGGAGGUGAACUCUGGGGAUUUAGCCUAUGUGGGAGGUCUUCCAGAAAACUGGGACUCUGAAGUGUGGGGCGGGCACUUCAAAGGCUGCCUGCAGGACCUUCGUUUGGACGCGGUGCAUCUGGAGGUGGACGCAUGGAGCAGCUCUGACGAGGACAAAGUGUAUUUACCAAGUGAUGCUGAAAACGUAAAGAUGGGCUGCAUCAGUGAUGACACUUGCAAGGUGGAGCCAUGUGAACACGGAGGACAGUGUACUAUCACCUUCAAUGAUUUCACUUGUUCUUGUCCGGAACAAUACACUGGAAAGACGUGUGAAACCCGCGUGUGGUGUGUCAGUGAUCCAUGUGUCAAUGGCGGCCAUUGUGUGGACCUUCCUGAUGGAUAUGAAUGUGUGUAUAAUGCCACUUUUGAGAACAACCCUGUGCGGUACAGUGCUGGAGGCAGCCUGGCCGGACCGGUGACGACCGUGUAUAUGGAGCUGCGGACUCGCUCAGAGAAUGCUGUGCUACUGCGGGCUGCUCAUGGCUCUGAUCUGCUCGUGGUGGGGCUGCUAGACUCUUCGGUUCGGGUGGAAAUCCACAUCGGCAACAGCGUCGAAGCCUUGGUCUUUAGUGGAGUCCGGCGAGUAGCUGAUGGGAGCUGGCAUCGUGUGACGAUCUCAAUGGCAGAGAAAGACAGCGAGGCCUCUCCUUGGGUGAUCACCGUUGAUGGAAUCACAGAUGCCAGCAGCAUGCCACAGGUCACUGGAAGCCUUCACUUUCUCAAUGAGAAGGGGGCUGUGUUGGCUAUUGCGGAAAGCUUCACGGGUUGCUUGGGUGCAGUGAGGGUUGGAGAUGUCCACCUUCCCUUUGUGGAUGACCAUAAGGCCCCGCAGCGUUCCCAGUUCCAUAUGGUUGGAAAGCGAAAGGUUAAAAUCGGUUGCACCAGCGCCCCUGUUUGUAAUUCGGAUCCCUGUCUAAAUGGAGCAACCUGUGUGGAUCUCUUUAAUAAAUUUGGCUGUGAGUGCAGCUCCGGCUGGGAGGGAGAACACUGCGAGACAGACACAGAUGAUUGUGCAUCUGGGCCCUGCGUUCAUGGCAGCUGUAAAGACUACUUGGCUGGCUUUGAGUGCCACUGCCACCCUGGAUACGCUGGCACACUCUGCAGUGAAGAUGUGGACGAGUGUGAGCAUCAUGCCUGCGAACAUGGAGGCACAUGUGAGGAUGGACUGAACAUGUACACCUGUAAAUGUCCCGCUGAGUAUAGUGGCCCACUAUGCCAGUGGGACUAUCCGCCAAUAGAGUGUGGUAAAGACGUUGAGUGUGCAAAUGAGGGCGUCUGCAAUGAUGGGCUGUGGGGAGCCAACUGCACCUGCAUGCCAGGGUUUGGUGGCAACAGGUGUGAGAUGGAAGUAGACGAGUGUGAAUCUAAUCCCUGUCGAAAUGGUGGUUCCUGUUUGGAUCGGUUCAAUAGCUUUGCGUGUAUAUGCCUGCCUGGCUACAGCGGCCCAAUUUGUGAUACAAAUAAACAAGCCCAAAAAGACAGGGUUCCUUGGCUCGUGGUGGCCAUCCCACUCAUCUGCUUCUGUGUGCUAAUACUGAUCAUCAGCUUGACCUUCAUGGUACUAACAGCAAGGAAGAAGCGCCAGUCAGAGGGCGCCUACAGCCCCAGUGCCCAGGAGCUGGCCGGAGCGCGCUUGGAGAUGGACAGCAUGCUGAAAGUCCCACCAGAGGAAAGGCUGAUCUGACAAAAAGGUUUUGAUGAUGAAAGGUUUGAUACCUUCUGAUAUCUGAGAUUCUCUGAGGUCUGAGCACUGCAGGCAAGUGCAGAAGACCCGCUGGGACUCUUUAGAGGUCUAAACUAUAGGAGGGAGAUGAAUGUCAUCUGUUGUAGGACACAGACCCCUCCUGGUGGGGACAAGUCACUGACCCAGCUGUGUUGUGUUGCAGUAGAUUUUUUAUUCAACUAAGGUGUAUUAAAGGACCAUACCAGUGAUUGUUCAGGUUUAUCAUAUCUACAAAAUAUAUCCACUUAAGAUUGCUGCCAAUCUUUUCCGAAAGCAAGCAGCCAUAUUUUAGAAUGCCCACAUCAUUUUUCCUCCUUUUUAUCCAGCCAUUGGUUUCCAUUCAUUCCACUAAGAUAUUUAUGAAUAGAGGGAUUUUGAUUAUAUGUACCCCUGCAUGAUUUGCAAAAUGGUUUGUAGCAAUGUAAAUUGUGGGUAAAUUGUAGUGAGUGGGCCAAACUUUCAAAAUCAGUGGUACGGUCCUUUAAGUGUAGCAUUAGAGAAAUAAAGUGUAUAGAGUUUGGAUGCUGAAAGCAAUCCACGGGAUGUGACUUAAGGCACGAUAUUGACUGGAGAACAUUAAUACCUGCAUGUGAAACAAUCAUUUUAGUGACAUUUGAUUGAUGUAAGAAAAGAGAGGUAUAUUUUAUCUUGUUUUUUUUUCUUAAAUACUUCCUCAGGAAUGGAUACAAAAAAGAGAAAAUAUUUUGUUAAUCCUUUACCCCAAGAUGCACUGUGGAAAGUGAGAAUGUAAAUGACUUUUCCUGGAAAUUAUGCCCAACGACUACUAUAAAUGAAGAAAAGAAUAAAUAUCACCAUAUGUGAGGCGCAGUGAGCCGCUGAACAAAAGGUUAAUGUUUCUCUUGCACUGGUGCCAAGUCUGCAUGUCUUGGAAAACAAAUGUUAAGGGCAGACUCAGUGAUGUCAUGCUCAGAAACAAAGUGUAGUACUCCAGAUAUAUGACAUACUAUGACAACAGCACGUAUGCCAUGUCAGUAGUAAAAGCCUCAUAGUUUGAUAUUCUCUGUGAGAGCUAUUUACCUAGCCUGAUUGCAGACCUAUGGUUCCUAUGGGUCUGCUGUUGCCAGUUCAAGUGUAGUUUCUCAGUUUCUUGGUUGAAAAACGACCCAGGGACAUACAGUAACUAACUAAAAUUAGUGCAACUUCUCUGAAUUCUUCCUCCAGAUGUUUUUCAUUGGCUUUUUGGCAAUAUGGAGCCUUUCCAUUUGUUAUGAGCCCCUUCACCAACAAAUUGCCUUGGUAUAAACGGUAAAAGUGUCAAUGCUAACUGACUUUUUUUUUUUUUGGUAGCUAAAGUCGCUAAGCUAGACUGAUUUGAAAAGGCCCUGUAAACUGGCUGAAGCAGCUACUGUGUCGACUGAAAACUACGAUUCGUCAAUCACUCAAAUUCAAAUCAGACAUUAGCUAAUCUGCAAUUUUUCAGACUGAAUAAUGGAGUGGAAACAGAGCCUGAAUAUCAAGCUACUCUUUGUUUUUGGGAAUGACAUCAGAGUCUAGCGUUAGGCCUUAUCAGGGACUGAAUACCCAGUACAAACUCAAACUCGACCUGAUGUUAGCCAUUUGUUUAAAAACUGUAUGAUUUAUGUAUUUUUUGGGUUGUUCUAUGUUUGUUUGUUUGUUUGUUUUGGUUUUGAUUUUUAUUGUACCUCACAUGCACAAAGGGAGUGUCUACCGAUGUUUGGUAUGACUUCUCGUGGCAUGUUCACAUUUGUUUACAAUCGAAGAUGAUAUUGUAAUAUCUGGACUUAUACAAAUCAAUGAGGGAAUUGUAGAUCGAGUCAUUUGUGAUUAACCCUGAUGACAACAAAGUGGUGCUGUAGAUACUCAAUUCUCAAUUCUUGUUGUUAGAUGUGCACGUGGUAGGCUUCAAGUACCUUCAAUGUGCAUGUAAAAAGACAUACUCCAUUAGUUACAUGGUUUAAACACUGUAGCAAAAUUAACAAAAGGAAUAAAAUCGUAAAAUUUAAUCUUAAACGAAAAAAGUGUUUAGUGUUACAACAAUAUCAUGUAAUAAAACUGUCAUGUAUCAUUUUUUAAGUAUUAAGGAAAAAACAUCUAAUCAUGUGUUGACUGCUUAUGACUAUUGUUAUAAAGAGAUUAGGUCUUUUUAGGGCAUUUCUUUCAAUAAUCAAUCAUAAAAAAAAGUCUACACUGUAUGAAGAGCUCUACAUCAUUUCAUGCCCUCUGCACAAAUGCUCUACAGUUUCUCUAGCAAAUUACAGUAUUUAGCAAAGUGUGUAUGUUUUCUACAUCAGACAGGAGGUAUGCAACAUAUAUACAGGAGAGAUUUUUUGUGCAUCGGCCACGUGUUUGGGUGACGUGCAAAAUAUUCAAAUUGUCUCUUUGUCUUCUAUUCCAUCUCACGCAUCUUCUUAAAAAGGGUGUCUGCCAUUUGUAUGUAGGCUACAUUCACAUUUAUCAUCUAUCUACCUAUAUACCUCUAUCCAUCCUGCAUAACAUCUCCAAAAAUAUUAUAUUAAUAAAAAAAUCUAAGGUAUUUUUUUUUUUAACAACAAUGAAUGUAGAUCUAUUCAUCUCCACAAAGUACCUUAAAGUUUUGCUUUAGUGCAUCUUAACUACAGCUCAUAUCAGUUUCACUGGGCCUGCAUUCAGAAUACAAAUUGAAUGCCUGCCUUAUAUAUUCAACUAACUGGAAGAUUUACUCAUUACCCCACAAAGAAAUGACUUGACUUUUAUGUUUUUCCCCUCUUGGUAUUAGAUGGGCCUGUUCUUGGUUUAUUUAUUGAUUUUUAUGACUUUAUACCCAGGGUAGUUUUGCUGACCAUGGAUGCUCUUUUUCAGCAAAGCCUUGCUUCACACUCACACACAUAUUGGGAUAUUAUAGAUGGCGGGAUGCCCCAGUUAUUUAUGGAGCUGUCCUCUAACCAGAGGUGGUGGCUGUGAUCCCUUGUGUGGCCUUACCUACCUUUGAGCCAGGAACAAAAACACAAGUAGCCUGCACCAACCAGAGGGAGGAAGUGAAAUCCUACAUUGUGAGAUUGUACUGGCAAUGUGAUUUUAGCAGGAUACAGCAAUAACAUCUCAAAAUAUGGAAAAAAAAUAAAAAUAAAAUAAAACUCUUGGACAAUGUAAUGAGAUUACAUUGCAAUGUUAAUAACUGACUGUUGUAUCGUAAAAGGUGUAACAUAUUUACUGAUGAUGUUAUAAUACUAACAGUGUAACUCUAUGGAACAGGGCGUGCUUCAAUAAAUGAUCCUCGGCC